ACUUUUCUCGCCAUCGCCUUUAUCAACACCCCAGGCCCGCACCCUUCCCUUCUUUUUUUCAAUCCAUCACUACACACCCCAUCACCAACCCUCCCUCCCCUCCUCCAUCUCCCGACCCCCCGCCGCAACACUCACGCCCCCGGACAGCGGCACGUCAUGGCGUACAACGGCCCAGGAGGAUACGGCGAUCCUCACUCAGGAGGCUACAACGACCCCCCACAUCACCACGGCUCCGAGGACGACGAGGUGGCUCGGUCGCUGCUGCACUCGAAUCCCACAGGUGCCAACCCCGGCCCCUUUGACGACCAUCAUGGCGUCUACGGCGGGCCUGAGGUGCGCCCGCAGUCGACAUACAGCUUGACAGAGACAUAUGCCACCGACAGCACCACCACCCAGUACCCAGGACAACAUCACCCCGGCUCGGAUGCCUACUCGGCGACGGGCGGCCACUAUGACCCCCCCGAGCUUGGCGCUCCGCAUCGCGCGCCCUCGCCGUACUCGAGGAGUGAUACCAGCUCCACCGAGGCCUGGCGACAGCGGCAGCAGCCCGGCGGUGGGGCGGGGGGCGGCCUCAAACGCGGCAUGACGCGCAAGGUCAAGCUCGUGCAAGGCUCGGUCUUGAGUGCCGACUACCCCGUGCCCAGCGCCAUCCAGAAUGCCAUCCAGGCCAAGUAUCGCAAUGACCUCGAGAGCGGCAGCGAGGAGUUUACUCACAUGCGAUACACGGCCGCUACCUGCGACCCGAACGACUUCACCCUGAAGAACGGCUACAAUCUCCGUCCAGCCAUGUACAACCGACACACAGAGCUGCUCAUUGCCAUCACAUACUACAACGAAGACAAGGUUCUGACGGCUCGAACGCUCCAUGGCGUUAUGCAAAAUAUCCGCGACAUUGUGAACCUGAAGAAGUCCGAGUUCUGGAACAAGGGCGGCCCGGCCUGGCAGAAGAUUGUCGUCUGCUUGGUCUUUGACGGUAUCGACCCCUGCGACAAGGGCACGCUCGAUUUGCUCGCCACGGUUGGAGUCUACCAGGAUGGUGUUAUGAAGCGUGACAUCGACGGAAAGGAGACGGUGGCUCAUAUUUUCGAAUACACGACUCAAUUGUCCGUCACGCCCAACCAGCAACUGAUUCGCCCCCACGACGACAGCGCCGCCACCCUCCCCCCAGUCCAAAUGAUGUUCUGCUUGAAACAGAAGAACAGCAAGAAGAUCAACUCCCAUCGAUGGCUUUUCACCGCUUUCGGCCGCAUCCUGAACCCCGAAGUGUGCAUUCUUCUCGAUGCCGGUACCAAGCCCGGCCCCAAGUCUCUCCUCGCUCUGUGGGAAGGCUUCUACAACGACAAGGACCUCGGUGGUGCUUGCGGUGAAAUCCACGCCAUGUUGGGUCGUGGCUGGAAGAACCUCCUCAACCCGCUGGUGGCUGCACAGAACUUCGAGUACAAGAUCAGUAACAUUCUCGACAAGCCUCUCGAAUCGUCGUUUGGCUACGUCUCUGUGUUGCCCGGUGCUUUCUCUGCCUACCGUUUCCGCGCCAUCAUGGGCAGGCCUCUGGAGCAGUAUUUCCACGGUGACCACACGCUUUCCAAGAUCCUCGGGAAGAAAGGUAUCGAGGGUAUGAACAUUUUCAAGAAGAACAUGUUCUUGGCCGAAGAUCGUAUUCUCUGCUUCGAACUGGUCGCAAAGGCCGGCUCCAAGUGGCAUUUGACCUACGUCAAGGCCUCUAAGGGUGAAACGGACGUUCCUGAGGGUGCCGCUGAGUUCAUUGGUCAACGUCGUCGUUGGCUGAACGGUUCGUUUGCCGCCAGUAUCUACGCCCUGAUGCAUUUCGGCCGCAUGUACAAGAGCGGGCACAAUAUCAUCCGCAUGUUCUUCUUCCACAUUCAGAUGCUUUACAACACUUUCACCGUAUUCCUCUCCUGGUUCGCUCUGGCUUCUUUCUGGCUUACGACUUCGGUCAUUAUGGAUCUUGUCGGCACUCCCGGCACCGAUGGGAAGAAGAAAGCCUGGCCAUUUGGAAACACUGCUACCCCGAUUGUGAACACUGUGCUCAAGUACAUCUACCUCGGCUUCUUGCUGCUCCAGUUCAUCCUGGCUCUCGGUAACAGGCCUAAGGGUUCGCGAUGGACGUACCUGACCUCGUUCGUUGUCUUCGGCGCCAUCCAGUUCUACAUUAUCAUCCUCUCGAUCUAUCUCGUCGUCAAGGCGUUCACGAGUAGCGAGAGUGUUGGACUGGACGACUCGUCGGCCAAGAACUUUGUUGAAUCCUUCUUCGCCUCAGAUGGUGUCGGUAUUAUUCUCAUCGCUCUGUGUGCAACCUUCGGUCUCUACUUCGUGGCUUCAUUCUUGUACCUCGACCCGUGGCACAUGUUCACAUCCUUUCCGCAGUAUCUCCUCAUCAUGUCGUCCUACAUCAACAUUCUUAACGUCUACGCGUUCAGCAAUUGGCAUGAUGUUUCUUGGGGUACCAAGGGUUCUGACAAGGCCGAUGCUCUUCCUUCUGCAAAGACUGAAAAAGCAUCAGAUGGCAAGCACACUGUUAUAGAAGAGCCAGAUCUACCACAGGCCGACAUUGACAGUCAGUUCGAGGCUACUGUGAAGCGUGCUCUGGCCCCGUAUAUCGCGCCAGUGGAAUCCACAGAAAAGACGCUCGAAGAUUCGUACAAGUCUUUCAGAACGCAUCUUACCACGUCCUGGAUUUUCUCAAAUGCUAUGCUUGCGGUUGUCAUCACGCAGGACAGCUUCGACCAGUUCGGCUUCAGUUCUAAAGCCACCGAGCGUACCGCCCGUUUCUUCCAGGCACUUCUGUGGGCCACCGCCUUCCUCUCCAUUAUCCGCUUCAUCGGCUGCUUGUGGUUCCUUGGUCGUAGCGGUCUCUUCUUCUGUGUCAGGAGGAGGUAGAGCUACAAACGCAAUGUCCCUCCAUACUCAGCAAUCCGUCCAAAAUUCAUCAACGGCCUUGUUGUAUCCUCGCCCCGGUCCUCCUAAUCUCCCUUCGAUGUUGCGGUGCUGGCGUUUUCGGUGUGCUUAUGCUUGAUUAUCCAGCAGGCUGGGGCUGCGUGGUUUACUUCAUUAUCUUGGUAAAGAGAAAAACUCACUCAUCAUUCAAAUUCGAUCUGACAUGACAAGACGAGGAGAGCGGGUGGAUGCGAUUAUCUGUAUUAUCUG